CUGAAAACGUACNGUACUGUAUUGUAUUCAGAAGAUGUGCCUAAUCAACUGCUGAUUCACGAAAACAUUGCGAAAAUUGCUUUCAUGGAGGACGAACUUCCUCUUGCCAUUCUGCACAUCAGACACGCAAUUGAACUGAAACAUAAGCAAAAUGAACCAGCAGACAGUCUCUACGAGACACUCGGUGGUCUUUUCGCUCAAAUGGGUGAAGUGGACGCGGCCACAAUCGCAUUUUCAAAGGUCAAUUCGAUCAGUGUGAAUUUUUUGAUGAAUCGUGCGAAAAUUGCAAUCGCUAAGAACCAACUAGCCGAAGCAAUAGGCUAUUGUGAUCAAAUGGAGCGGAUGAGCGCCACUCCAGACGAACGAAUUACAGUGACAUUGAUUCGAUGCAAAUGCCUUCUGAGACAAUCGGAGCCAAACAAAGCUCUACGAAUCCUUAAGUCAACAACUGCGAGAAUUUCCACUGAAGAACCAUCGCCAUUAGUUGUAGGCCUACUAUUUGGCAUACUAAGCGAAUGCAAUCUGGCUAUUGGUCAGUAUCGUAACUCCCGAAAAUGGGCCAAAAAACAACUGAAGAUCGCAAUCGGAUGUUCGUCACGUAGUCUUGAAGCCGAUGCUCUCAGGAAUAUGGCGAGUGUGUAUGAGGCAAUAGAGGAUCCUCGGAAUGCACUAACUUUGUGGAGCAAAUAUGAUGAGUUGAUUCAGAACGAUAACAUCGAAACGCGAUUGAACAGUCUAAAAUGUCUUGCAAAACUGAACGAGAGCUGCAACAAUAUGGAUCAAGCAGAAGAAGUGCUUCAGAAGCGAUUGAGAUUAGCUGAAAGAAUCUCUUCAUCAUCAAUUGCCAUUGAUGCGCAUUCGGAUUUAAUUCGAUUCUAUCGACAACAUAAACGAGAUCAGGAACUUCGACUGAAGCAUUUCGAGGCAAUGCGCAAUUUGUACAAUGAAAAUGGCACGACAGCCAAAGAAGCGGUGAUCCUUGAGGAUAGUGCUGAUUUCUCGUUUGAUCGAGGCGAUUUCAACGAAGCGAUCGACCACUAUGAACAAUGCCUUAUGCUUGUCCAAGAAGACGGCGACGCAUCUCGUGAAGCAGAAAUCUGCGCCAAACUGGGUGAUAGUCACUGGGCAUUGUUUCAUGCAAACGAAGCAAUUGCUUACUAUGAACAAUCUUUAACAGUUCAUCAACAACUUGGCAAUAUUCGAGCAAUGAUGAAAAUUUACUGGAGUAUCGCGAAAAUACAUCUGUCUCGAGAUGCAUAUCAAGAAUGUCAGUCAUGUCUCAGAUGCACAGUAACAUUGGCUGGCUUCAUAGGUGACGAUCACACAAAAUUGGAUGCUCUUUUACAAAUCGGUCGUAUUCUUCUUAAGGAGCGAUUAUUCACAAAAGCAAAGAAAGUGAUUCUAGCUGCACUCACUCUCGCUAAGUUAAAACAACGAAGACGUGAGAUUGGUCUGCUUUAUGGAUAUCUUGCUGAGUGCUAUAUUGGAUUUGGAAAUCAACGCAAUAAACAAAAGGCACUGUUAAAAUUCUGUGAGCAAUUACCGUAUUUCGAUUGUAUUGACGAUACCGAAGGUAAAUGUGAAACGUUACGGCACUUGAUCGAAGAAAAACGACUCAACGGUGACAUUCUAUGGACUCUGAGGUUGAUGCACAAUAGAAUCGCAGUUGCAUCUGAAGGAUCAGUUGAUUUACAAGUUUGUCCAUUAGUUAAAGCAUUUCAUCAAAUUUCUUAG